AUGAAGCCAAACGAUAACAAUAAACGAGUCACCAGAGUUUCCCCCGGCCAGGUUGCCUUAUUACAGGAAGCUCUACGCGGAAAUGGAGAGACAGGACAGUCAGCACCCGAGUCCAAGUUAACACCAGGGCCUCUUCAGCCCACUAAGCGCCCAAAUAAGAGUCCCGCCAGGCCCUCGAUUUUAGAGGCCCGUAAUAAUGUCUAUCAAAGCUUGACACGCCUCCCAGCUCCUCAGGAACAAAGUAAGUGGGACAAUGACACCAGCCUCCCCAUGGUUGAACGACAUGAGUCUCCAUGGGAAACUUUUGAGAAAGGCUACGAAUGUGAUCUAGCCGGCACUGUUGCUGUAUGCAUUCCGCUCAAAGGAGAGCGUGCAGUACGUGCAAUCCGUCAGUUCUCGGCCAUAGAGGCCGAUAGUGUCUUACAAAUUGUUCGUUCCAUGAACCAUGAUAAUGUGGCCGUCAUUCAGGCAUGUUAUCGCACUGCAGAUGCUUUGUAUACUCUUAGCGAAUUUGAUCCACUCACAUUGGAUCAUAUCGUGGCUUGCAAGCAAUACCCCAAACCGAAUCAGUUGGCUUCCUUGAUGGCUCAGUUACUCGACGGGCUGGCGUACCUGGUCGCUCAAGGCUUUCGUCAUACAUCCCUGAAUUGUUCCAGUGUUCUUGUGGGGCUCAAUGGGGAGCUCAAAAUCGCACGCCUUGAAUGUUGUGUCGCCCGCCAAGCAGAUAAAUUAGAACACAUGGAUCUGGCUCCUGUUUCAAGGAUAAUGAUGGAGCUGAUGCAGAAAUACAUCAAGGCCGAUGGGGCUGUUGGUAUUGACAAUCCUGAGCGCUGGAAAGCUUGCCCUGCUGCCAUCGACUUCCUCUCAGCGACCACCUCGGCCAGCUCAUUUAAGGAAUUGAAGAAAGUGAGUAGCCUCCAGGUCGAAUUUAAAACGUUUCUCACCGUGUUCCAGCAGCGUUUCUUGACGGAAAUCCGAUCGUGCCCUGGAGACCUAGUGUGUCUUAUUUGGUUCGCCCUUAUCUCCGCUCGUACAUUCUACUCGUAG